UGAUAUUAUAAUAUUAUAUUAUUAAAGACAUAUUAUUAUAAUACCAUUCAUUAAAAUGUUUCGGACAACACUUCAGCGUACUGUGCCUUGUAUUCGUUUGGUAGUCACACCUGGGCAAUUUCGACUAAAUUCUAAUACACCGGCUCCACCAUCCAAGCUUGAAGUAUUCAUAGAUGAUAAAAAAGUCCUUGUAGAUCCUGGAACCACAGUAUUACAAGCUGCUGCCCUUGCUGGUGUAGAAAUUCCACGUUUCUGUUAUCAUGAACGUUUAGCUGUAGCUGGCAACUGUAGGAUGUGUUUGGUUGAAGUUGAGAGGUCGCCUAAGCCAGUUGCUGCAUGUGCUAUGCCAGUGAUGAAUGGAUGGAAAAUUAAAACAAACUCUGAAUUGACCCGCAAAGCUCGUGAAGGUGUUAUGGAAUUUUUAUUGAUGAACCACCCUCUUGAUUGUCCUAUUUGUGAUCAGGGAGGUGAAUGUGAUUUACAAGAUCAGAGUAUGGCAUUUGGCAGUGAUAGAUCCCGUUUUGUUGAUAUAGAUUUUAGUGGCAAAAGGGCUGUUGAAGAUAAAGAUAUUGGACCACUUGUUAAAACUAUUAUGACACGUUGUAUACACUGUACCAGAUGUAUUCGCUUUGCAUCAGAAGUAGCUGGUGUUGAUGAUCUAGGAACAACUGGUCGAGGUUCAGAUAUGCAGGUCGGAACUUAUAUAGAGAAAAUGUUCUUGUCUGAACUCAGUGGUAAUGUAAUAGAUUUGUGUCCGGUUGGAGCAUUAACCAGUAAACCAUAUUCAUUCUCUGCACGUCCUUGGGAGACUAGAAAAACUGAUAGUGUAGAUGUUUUGGAUGCAUUAGGAAGCAAUAUUGUUGUUUCCACUAGAGCUGGUGAUGUUAUGAGAAUUUUGCCACGAUUAAAUGAAGAUAUCAAUGAAGAAUGGCUAUCAGAUAAAUCACGUUUCUCAUAUGAUGGACUUAAACGCCAAAGAUUGAUCACUCCAUUAGUUAAGGACAACAAAGGAAAUUUAGUACCAGUUGAAUGGGAAGAUGCAUUAGUAGAAACAUCUAGAGCAUUAAUUAAUGCAAAUGGAAAUAUUGUGGGUGUGAGUGGUGGUUUAUCAGAUGCUGAAUCUAUGAUAGCAUUGAAAGAUUUGCUUAACAGAUUAGGAAGUGAAGAAUUAUAUACAGAAGAACCAUUCCCAAUGACUGGUUCUGGUACUGACUUCAGAUCUUCAUAUAUAUUAAAUAGCAGCAUUUCUGGAUUGGAGCAAGCUGACCUGGUGUUGUUAAUUGGAACCAACCCACGAUAUGAAGCUCCUUUGUUAAACACUCGUAUCCGUAAAUCUUAUGUUCAUAAUGAACUAGAAAUAGCAUUAUUAGGACCUAAAGUUGACCUAUCUUAUGAUUAUGAGUAUUUAGGUGAAUCCCCUGCAAUACUCAAGGAUUUAGCAGAAAAAAGACAUGCAUUCUAUGCUAAGCUGUCUAAAGCUAAGCGUCCAGUUAUAAUUUUAGGAGCCCAGCAAUUUGAACGAGAAGAUGGUGGUAUACUUUUGGCUCAGGCCCAGCAACUUUCUCAAGAACUAAAUAAAAAUGCUGAAAAAGGAUGGAAAAUUCUUAAUGUAUUGCAACAAGUUGCUGGACAAGUAGCUGCAUUAGACUUGGGUUUUAAGCCUUAUAAUAAUCUACCUGCUGCCAAAGUACUUUAUUUAUUAGGAGCUGACAAUGAAUCAUUAACUAAGUGCAAGCCAGCUGGAACUACAGUUAUAUAUCAAGGUCAUCACGGAGAUGCUGGAGCAGCUAUUGCCGAUAUUGUUCUUCCAGGAGCUGCGUACACAGAAAAACAAGCUACCUAUGUAAACACUGAAGGUCGUGCACAACAAACAUUGAUGGCUGUACAGCCACCAGGAAUGGCACGUUCAGACUGGAAAAUUAUAAGAGCAAUUUCUGAAUUUGUGGGUGUAAAACUUCCCUACGACACUUUAAAUGAGGUGCGUGACCGUUUAACUGAUGUUUGUCCAAGCAUGACUAGAUAUGGAGACCUAGAACAAGCAAAUUACUUAGUUCAAGCAUCAGAUUUAGCUAAAGAUUUAUCAUCCCAGACUAUCAGUACACCUUUAAAUGUUAAACAGAUUGCUUUAGAAGACUUUUAUAUGACCGAUUCUAUUAGUAGAUCUUCACCAACUAUGGCUAAAUGUAUACAGGCUGUUAGAAAACAAAAAGAAUCGAAAUAUUAUGAAAGCCGAGCUUAAAUGAAAAAUAAUAUUGGGCUUGUGUUAAUAAGUUCCAAGUUGUUUAUGUAAGCAAAUUAAGGUAAUAAUUUUAGAAUUUAGAAUGUUAUAAAUUUUGAUUUCUUAGCCUUGCAAAAAUAUUGAUAAAACAAAAAUAU